CGCACACAGCCAUGUCGUCAGCCACCCGCGUGGCGCUGGUGACCGGGGCCAACAAGGGCAUCGGCUUCGCCAUCGCGCGCGACCUGUGCCGGCAGUUCUCCGGGGACGUGGUGCUCACGGCGCGGGACGAGGCGCGGGGCCGCGCGGCCAUGCAGCAGCUCCAGACCGAGGACCUGAGUCCCCGCUUCCACCUGCUGGACAUCGACGACCUGCAGAGCAUCCGCGCCCUGCGCGACUUCCUGCGCAAGGAGUACCGGGGCCUGGACGUGCUGGUCAACGACGCGGGCAUCGCCUUCAAGCGUAAGGGGAUGGCAGCUAGAAGGGGAGGUGGACCUCCUGAGCGCCUCCAGCCCGGCUGUUGA